AUGGCAAAGAAAUCAUUAUUAGUAUCAACAUUAAUACCUAUGGUUGGUGUUACAUUAGUAUCAUUUGGGGUUUUACAUCAUUUUAUGCAACAUAAAUUUGAAAGAUGGGAUCAUGAAUCUUUGGGCGACCCAAAUAAAAAACCAACUACUUUAGAAGAAGAAUAUGAGAAAAUGUCAAAAAAAAUUGAUUUCUCAAAUUAUGAAAAUAAAACUGUUCCUGGAAGAGAUGAUUAUAAAAAUUAA